CAGAAAGCAGAAGCAGAAGGCUAAGCUGCUAGUUAGUAGUAAAGUAAGAAAGGAUGUGAACAAUUCUGUUUAUUCUAUAAUGUAAUGGUUGUUAAAAGAGACUUACACAUAUUGAUGUUAAACAUAUUGUUUGUAAUACAAUAUUAUUUAAUUAUUUAUGUAUGAUUCAAUAUUCGGACACAGUUAUUUUAUCAGUGACUUACUUGUGAACUAAAAAAUGGAGACUCUAUCCUACAGUUUCUUCAAAAACCAAGUAAUAAUCUCAAGAAUGAUAAUUUAGUAAAAUAAUGGCUUUAGUCACUUUCAUUCAGUGUUUAUGGACCAAAAUUUCAAUUUUUAUUGUUAUUCAGUUUUACAUUAAUAAUAUAUCAUUAACUUAUUGUUUAACUGAUGAUCCAGGACAAUUGCUAAACACAACUGAAGUAUAUGAUUUUGGAUGUUUGGACUUUGGUGACUUAGAGAAUGGCAACAUAACGUUAGUUGAGACUAGUACUCAGCAUGAGCUACAUUUUUCUUGUUUACCUGGAUUUACGCUGAUUGGAAAAGCUACAAUAUUGUGCAAUAGUGUUCAGUUGGAAAAUGAACCCAAACCACAAUGCAUUCAAGAACCAGUGACAGGAUGCCCUCAACUGCCCAUGCUGGUCAAUGGAGAACUACGUGUGGAAGGUUAUAAAGAAGAAGAGCUUUACGCAGAAGGGAUCGUGGUAGAAUACCAAUGCAUCGAGGGCUAUCAUCUGGUCCCUUCAUCGAAAUACAGGGCCUGCCACAAAGGCCACUGGACUGGGGUGGAUCCCAUCUGUAAGCCUGAUGGAUGCGCUAAGCCUAAUCCAGUGAUAAACGGUCAUUUUGAUCCUUACACAGAAGCAAACCAAUAUCCUGUGGGUACUCAUCUUCACUUCAGUUGUGAGAUAGGCUUCCAGCUGCAGGGAGUUCAGUCAGUGCAGUGUCUUUCAACAGGACAAUGGUCUCACAUACUUCCUCAAUGUCUUCGGCUUAUUCAAGAGGAGGGUAUUUCAUGUGCACCACCACCUCUUGGUCCACAUGUGGUGGUGACGGCAGUGCGGGGUCUGCAGAGUGCAAACUCAGCUUUGUCUGGUACUACACUGCAGGUGUCAUGUGCUUCUGGAUACCGUGACCAGACGUUUCCUUGUGUCCCGAGCCUGCUGCGCUGUAUCGAUGGCAACUGGCAGGGCCGUUUUGCUAACUGUGUGAGUGUGGACACCUGCAUGUUCCCCCUGAACAUUGCUCACGCUACAGUACUACGAGUGGGUAUGCAGUCAAACGUGUACUCGCUGGGCUCUCAGGUGGCCUACACGUGUGACUCUGACUAUCAGCUGGUCGGAGACGCGGUGUUCACCUGCCAGCCCGACGGUUGCUGGAACCCCGACAUACUGCCUGUCUGUCACCCUCCGUCACAUCUCUACAUGAAUCCCGGAACAUGGAGUGACUAUAUAAAGCUGAACACUUCACUGCUGAUGUCCAUGAUUACUAUAGCCAGUGUCAGUGUGAUCGUGUUGUCCGUGUGUCUGGUGUUGGUGUGUCGCCCCCACCCCUCACCACAAACCAGCGCCCCGCUCGCUCCACCCCCCUCGGACCCUGACAGGGUGGCUCUUAUCGCCUUCGCUGACGGAGUACAGUCAGUUCUGCCGAGCUAUGAGGAGGCAGUGAGAGGAAGCCUGGGAGGAGUGCUAAACUACCGACUACAUCGUCCACACUGGACCACUAUGUUGGGUGGCCAGCGCAGGAACAACCGGGACAAUACUCGGCAGACUCCAAGCAUGCGGGACAGUAUGGGAUCGACAGAUACAGUGACUGUGAGCGAAGUGUCGACUAAUGUUACAGUGGACACUGUGUCGUCUCACAGUGGGUCUCAGACCGCAUCGUGCCAUGCCAUCUGUGGCUCCCUGGCCUCCUUCGAUACCAGUUCCAUUCUCAACACUGACGGUGUGCCUCUUCUAGAAGUGAAUGAACUGGAAGAAGUGACCACAAACACUCAAAGCAGUGGCAUCGUCCAUGACCCGGACUUCAAGUUGCAGUCUGACAUCGCUUCCAUACAUUCAUAAACAGUAUCACAACUCACAGUCUUCUUUCAUUCAUUUCUCUUAAUGUUUCCAAUUCUGACAUAUUAGGUGUUACUCUACAAUUAGGUGAGAAAGAUUUCUAACAGUUUUGUACCUUAAUCCAGGUAGAGUGUCCAAACUAUUUGUACAAUAGAUACCCAAAAUUCCUGGAAUAAUGUUGCAGGAGAUACAGCUAAUUUAGUAUGCAUUUCAUCCAAAAUUCACAGCAAUCUUCCAAGUUCAGUUUAAUUAGAUAUGUAUGGUCACAGUACAAUUUUUUGAGGGGUUAAGCAUUAAAUGUUACAGUUUUAAAGUUUUUAUUGUCAUAGGGAUUCAAAUGAACAACAAUAUUACUAUUUUUAUUCCUUAGUAUUUAUUAUUGUGCUCGAAGACUGUCUUUUCUCUGAUUGUUUUAUUUGCACUUGUUGGUGACAAUUCAUGCAGGUGCAUAGUCUAUUGUUGGUGCCCAUGCACUGAGCAGGGCAGUGUUUGCACUAUUGUGAGCAGAUAACAUUUUCAGUGGCACAAGUAUGGUGCCCUUUAAUUAGGUCCACCAAAAUUAACAAUGUUCACCGCUGGACACUAGAACUUGAUUUAGCAAAUUUUCCCAGAUAGUAUGUAAAUAAAGUUUAUUGCAAAAUU